GCUCCGUGAGCUCUUGGGGCAUCCACGUCGGCCCGAAUUGACUUGGCCGUUCGAUUUGCUAUCUACGGUGUUCACGACCUUGCCCGCUCCGGCGUUGCGUCGGUCUCCGUGGUCUUCCUUUCACACUGCCUUUCCAGCUUUUAUCAGAGCUUUCCAGUUCCACUGCUGCACCGAGCCCGUUUUUCUCCCUCUCUUCCUGCUUUCACACUGACUCCCGUCCCAACCAGUGCCGACCAUCGUGGGGAAAAAAAUCCCCACCACGUCGCCACUGCCCCGCCCCCCGCACUGCUGCCGCCCGCCCCCUACACCCCGCGCCGCCAACGCCGUCCUUCAGUCCCGCGCUGCCGCUGCCCUCCGUGCGGCGAGACGGAGCUCGGCCACGGCUCCUGGCGGCGCGGCGGGCGGAGGCCGGUCUCCACCGGCCGCGCCGGCCGGAUCUUGGCCCCGACCGGUUUCUCCCCGGCCCUUGCUCCUGGCGGCACGGCAGGAGGAAGAGUCCGGCGGCGGCGGCCGGAUCCGCGGCCCUUCUCCUUCCGCCCGCGCUGUGCUCCUCCGGCCGUGGCUCCUGCUUCGACCGGCCCUCUUCGGCGGCGGAUCCCAAGCUCGGGCUCCGCGGCCUCCCUCGUCGGCGCUAAAGCUCGGCCGGCCUCGAGCUCCGCCGGCCUCCCUGCUCCCUGCUCCCAGGGGGCGUGCCUCCCUGCCGCGCCUCCCUGACGCGCCCCGGCCGCACGUCCUCGCCCACCUCCGCGACGGGACGGCGCGCACGCGAGGACGGCCACAGCGGGAUGCCGCGAGGCCGCCGCGCGGCGAGACGGCCCAAACGGCUGCCGGUGCGCCCCGGCCACGGAGCAGACCGCCGCCGCCGCCGGCCCGACGCGUCGAAGACGUGGUCGUCGUCGUCCUCGACGGAGCAGCAGAGGUCCUCCUCCUCCUUGCUUCGUUUCAUCCUCCUUGCUGCGGUUGUUGGAUCUAGACAAUGUUUUCAUGGUAAUCGGUCGCCGAAGCGCCCCCGCCACGGAACAGAACGCCGCCGCUGCCGCCGGCUCCGAUUCCGCCCGACCCCGUGGUCCUUCGCCGCCGGGGAUCCCCCAGACAAGGGACGCCAAUCAAUCAUGCUCCUAAAUGUGAUGCCUAUAAAAUUGAGGGUGGUGGUGAAUCGGAAUGCCUUGACCAGCCAGGGUCCAGAAAUAGCAAUUGAGUUUGCUCUCGCUUUGGUGGAGCGUCUAUAUGGCAAAGAGAAGAUGGAGGAGGUUGAUGGGUCUUUGGUAAGCUGGACAAUCAGAGUAUGAUGUUUUCCAAAUCCAGCCUUCAAUCUGUACGAUUACUCUCUAUUUGAUUUAUUUCCUUACUUCCUAUGUGUUUAUGGAAUUAAAUAUUUAAUUUCUAUCCCUCCUUUGUGUUUAUGGAAUCAAAUAUUGCCUACAUGCAUGGAUCUGAUUAGCUCCAAAACUCAUGUAAACUCUAAUUGGUAAGAAAUCAGGUUAUAUGUUCAUUCGCCAAUUUGUUGACUAACUAAUUUCAUAAAUAUCAUGUGAAAAUAAGAUGUUUUCAUAAUGACAGGGACAAUCAGAGUAUGAUGUUUUCCAAAUCCACAGCCUUCAAUCUGUACGAUUACUCUCUAUUUGAUUUAUUUCCUUACUUCCUUUGUGUUUAUGGAAUUAAAUAUUUAAUUUCUAUCCCUCCUUUGUGUUUAUGGAAUCAAAUAUUGCCUACAUGCAUGGAUCUGAUUAGCUCCAAAUCUCAUGUAAACUCUAAUUGGUAAAAAAUCAGGUUAUAGGUUCCUUCGCCAAUUUGUUGACUAACUAAUUUCAUAAAUAUCAUGUGAAAAUAAGAUGUUUUCAUAUUUAAUCAAGAGUUGUCUUAUAUAGAUACUAAAUAUUGCUUUCGUUUUAGACUUUUAGAUAGAAAAUAUAGUUGGUUAUUUCAUUACAUAAUAAAUGAGAAUUUUAUAGUAGUAAUUCGAUGCAAUUAAACAAUUUGACAUUAAAUACGUGCCACUUCCACUAGUAUUGCAAAUUUGCAAUAAUUAUUUGUUUAUGUGGGCGUUGGGCCUGAGAGAACGCACGGCGAUCUGGUAAACAAACAGAUGGGCCAAAACACAGAAAUGCAACCCAACCCAACCCACGCA